GCUUAUCUCUGACUGACCCUAGCGGGGCUCAGAUCCACCGUUUUCUAAGAAUAUCUCAUGAGCUGACCUGCUCUCCCCCCAUCUUCUACGACUAAUGUCUAGCGAGCCGUCCUAUUCUGAGUUCAAGCCAUUCCUCGCCCAGAGCGUUGGUUAUGGCGUUGUUGUUGGUGUGGGGUUCUUCUUCGCAGCCAUCAUGCUCAUCUUGACCACGCUCCAACGCAAAUUCUUCAAAUUCUCCCCCACUUCUUCGGAAGAAUUCACGAGCGCUUCCCGAAGUGUGAAGCCUGGUCUGGUUUGCUGUGGCAUCGUAAGCGCGUGGACGUGGAGCGCCACGCUUUUACAAUCGAGCACUGCUGCAUAUACAUUUGGCGUGAGCGGUCCUUGGUGGUACGGUGUUGGUGGCACAAUUCAGGUUGCUAUGUUUGGCAUGGUCGCCUCCAAGGUAAAGCAGAACGCCAACGGAGCCCAUACGUUCCUCGAGAUCGUCAAGACGCGAUUUGGGACAAGUGCCCACAUUCUGUUUACAUUUUAUGGAUUCUUGUGUAUCUUACUUGUCUGCGGGUCUUUGCUACUUGGAGGCUCUGCGACUGUCAAUGCCUUGACUGGUAUGAACACUAUUGCGGCAUGCUUUCUUCUUCCUAUUGGCAUUGCUGUUUAUGUCAUCUUUGGGGGUCUGCGCGCGACAUUCAUCUGUGACUGGAGUCAUACCAUUAUCUUAUUCAUCAUUAUCUACAUAUUCAUAUUCCGAGCAUACGGAACAUCACCUGCCAUUGGUAGUGUCUCCAGACUUUAUGAUCUCUUAGAACAGGCUAGCAUCGACACUCCAGUAGUCGGGAAUCAAGGGGGCAGCUACCUGACCAUGAAGUCUAAUCAAGGCCUCGUAUUUGGUGCCGUCACCAUGCUUUCUGGUUUUACCGGAGUCUUCUGUGACCAAGGUUACUGGCAAAGGGCAAUAGCAAGUCAUCCAGAGUCGACCACGAAGGCAUACAUGCUGGGUGGUAUCUCUUGGUUUGCUGUUCCGUGGGCAUUUGCAUCUUGUCUCGGUCUGAGUGCUCGCGCCCUUCUGAACAAUCCAAACUUUCCGACCUAUCCUUCUCCGCUUUCUCCAAGUCAGACUAGCGCAGGUCUUGCAGCUCCUGCAGCAGCUGCUGUGCUCAUGGGCAAAGGGGGUGCGAUCACCGUGCUUCUCGUGGUAUUUAUGGCCGUCACUUCAGCCGCGAGUGCUGAACUCAUCGGCGUAUCAAGUCUAUUUUCGUAUGACAUCUACCGGACCUAUUUCCGCCCCAAUGCAACUGGAGACGAGAUAGUGAGGGUGUCUCACUACUUUAUAUGUUUCUGGGCUGUCUGGAUGGGCUGUUGGGCGACUAUUCUGAAUGCUGGUAACAUCGACCUUGGAUGGUUAUUUUAUGUUCAGGGCUCUAUACUCAGCCCUGCAGUUAUUCCCAUCGGACUUACUGUUUCAUGGUCUAAGCUCACGAAGGCAGGGGUUUUCAGUGGUGCUAUAGGCGGCGCAACUUUAGGAAUGUUGGCUUGGAUGAUCGGAUGCUGGAAGAUAUACGGCCAAAUCAACAUUCCUAACCUUGCAGAACCGUACUCAGCCUUAUGCAGUAGUCUCACGGGACUAUUUUUCUCUGGAAUCUUAACUGUGGGCGUGUCGCUCUGGAAUCCAGCUGACUAUGAUUUCUCGGCUACUCGGGCAAUCGCCACCUUGGAUGAUACGAACAUAAGUGAAAUUUCGGGCGAUGAAAUUCCAGGCGGAGUAUCAGACGCCGAGUCACAGAAAGAGAAAAAGGGCGCCAGCGAAAACGAGUCGUCGUUAAAGCAGCCUGUUUCGGACAUCAUCGAAGUUGGCCUAGAAAAGGAUGAGGAACAGCGUAUCAUAUCCCUCAAGAGGGUGUUCCGGAAGGCGUUCAUAUAUUCGUCAAUUUUAACUGUGAUUGUUGUCAUACUUGUCCCACUGCCCAUGUUCUUCUCUCAUUAUAUCUUCAGCAAGAAGUUCUAUACCUUUUGGACAGCCUGCUCGAUUAUAUGGGCUUUUGCGAGCGGGACAUUUUGCAUCAUCUUGCCCUUGUGGGAGUCCAGAGAUGAGAUCGGCACGAUAUUGAGUUUAGCUUAUAGAUCAAUCCUCGGAAGGAGUUCGCUCUGAACCCCAAGUUUUUGUCUUUCAUGUGUAUAUUUCUCUCCAGUUCGCAUUGAGCUAGCAAUGUCUAUCUCAGAUGCGCUUCCGAGUCAGACACGGUGCGCUCCCCUAUAACUCAAAAAGCUGGAGUCAUGAUCCGAUUGCAACUGUCAACUAUCCCACAUGAAUGAAAGUUACUUCCCUGCCGGCAAAUGAUAUUUAGGUUCUGAUAUGUAGUUCCAUCGUAGGAAGCCCUCGUUAUUGUCUUUGUCGUGUGAGUACGAAAAGUCUUUACCAAAUUUGGCUACGACCAAACUG